AAGACAACCAGGCAUGGACCCACGGGGACACCUGCAGAAGAUGUCAAUAAUUGGUGAUCAGGCUAAUCUGGAAGGAAAGCACUUAUAUCAGUUGCCUGGCGGUAUGUCUGCAGCAGAAAUCCGACAGAGACAGGAAAUGAUGAUGAGGAAUUCAAUGAUAACAGUAAACCCUCAGGUUGUGAUGCCAUCACAGCAGAGGAUGCCCUUGGCACCAUCACAAUUUGAACCCCGACUGCUGGAAAGAGAUUUGCUGCCAACUGAUCUAAUCAUUCCUAAUGAUGCAAGGCAAGUUCACAUGGCUUCACUUCCGGCACAUGCAGGCCUUUUGUCUAACAGAGUAUUCACAGGACCAGGGUACAACUAUCUACAAACGGAACAAUUAGAUUUUGCGGCAAGGAGACAGGAACUUUUACAGAAACAAAACAUGUCCAGAAUGGAAAUGGAAAUGAACUCUAUUUAUCAGCCAAGAGAUAUUGACAAGGCACCCAGGAAGGGAUUUGUGGAGCUGGAGUCGCCUUUUCUCUACCAAGGAGUAGCAAACCCAUUGGCUUUCAGAGGAAGACAGAUGGUACCAGAAGGUCAUGUUCAUUCUGAUGUUUUUGUGUAUCGCAAUGCUUUGGAGAGCCUACAGGGCAGCACAAUACUGAAACCCACCAGCCCCUACCCUCCUAUGAACAACCUGCAGAGAGAGAAAGUUCGUAGACCUGGCAGAAGAGUUACCAACCAAAAGACUGCAGACACAACUAUUGGUGCCUCCAAAACCCAAGCUGAUAUUAAGCCUUACAGCUCCCUCUUGAAUGCUGAGGAUGACAAAGAUGAUAAAAAAGAUGAGGAAACAGAUCCAUUUGGUAAAAGUGACCAGGGAAAAGCAGGUGUGGAUCAUGCAGUUGACAAGAACUCUAUGGAACUCCAAGGGAGCCAAGAGAAAAAUAAUAACAGUUAUAACAUUUCCAGGGAGAGGAACAGUAACUGCAAUGGAUCAGAUAAGGAACUAAGUAACACAGGGGCAGCAUUCGAACAUAGAUACAUCUUCCAGCCUCCAGUCCAUCUCUCAGCAGCUCCGUAUAGUUUCAAUAUGGCCAUCAACUCACCUAUGAUGUCAGAAGCUCACAAUCUCUUCCUGAACAGAGAUGUUUCAGCAAUUCAAGAUAUUCAAAAAUGGACUUCUCAGGAUGUGUACAAUUUUAUUAGUAACCUGCCGGGCUGUUCAGGUUACGCUCAGAUAUUUAAAGACCAUGAUAUUGAUGGAUCAACGUUACCCUUACUCACAGAGGAACACCUCUUGGAUACAAUGGGCCUAAAGCUUGGACCUGCACUCAAAAUCCGCUCACAGAUCUCAUGCCGCUUGGGAAAUAUCUUUAACAUUGCGAACCUCCCAGUAACAGGUCCCAUGCCAUCCUCUGCUCCUGUACCGCCAGACCAGACAUCAGAAGUGGCGUCACCUCUUCAAUGCAACAACAGCGACACAGUGCCAAGUCCCUGUUCCCAUGAUCAAGACAUGCUAAAGGCUUCGGAAGUAUUAACAUCUGAAACUAAAGACAAUCCAUGUGAUAUAUCUGUGGCACAAACAGAUUUUCAAACGAACUAUCUCAAAAGUUGA